GGAGCAGACCCGCAUAUUUUUUUUGUCGUGAUUUGCAAUUUUCUUUUUCGGCUGUAAGCCGGAAACUCGCUUUUCUUUCCCUGAGUUGGUCUUGCAAAUCUCACUCGUCACCUGCAACGCUUUCAACUCGAGAAAAAUCAAAAGUGCGAACAGUGUUCUACAGAUCCUGCGUCAAAUGGUAAUUUAACUCUCGUCGUCAAUUUUUGCGCCGAAAAAAAAAAUAAAGCCGAGAUGCGUUCGGUUGGCAAAAAGAUGCCGAUGAUCCCAUUCCCUCGACUGGUGAUUGCUGCCGGAUUUGCCGUCGCACUUUUUGGCUUUUGGAACAUCUUUCGGCUCAUGCGGAACCCGCGUGAAACCCGGGUCCUAGUUGUUGGAGCCGGGCUGAGUGGAUCCAUCAUGGCCGAAAGGCUCACGUCAACGUGCAAAAAUGUCCGCGUUACGAUUGUCGAGAAGCGGGACCAUAUUGGCGGGAAUUGCCACGAUUACAUUGAUGCUAAAACUGGGAUCCGAGUGCAUCAGUAUGGGGUUCACAUUUUUCAUACUGUCGACGACGCGGUCUGGAGGUAUCUGAGUCAAUUCACGGACUGGGUGCCGUAUGAACACCGGGCCUUGGCCAAACUGGAGACUGGCAAGUUCGUUUCCGUCCCGGUGAACAUACACACUGUCAACGACCUCUACAAACUCGGCAUCAAGUCUGAAGGCGCAAUGAAAAAGUGGCUGAGCGGUGUGCAAGUGAAACCCGCGUCUGGCAAGCCCAAGAAUGGCAAGGAAGCUGCCGAGGCCCGGGUUGGGUCCGAGUUGUACAAGUUGCUUUUCGAGGGCUACACGUGGAAGCAGUGGAACAAGUAUCCCGAGCAACUGGACGCCAGUGUGUUGGAACGGAUCCCUGUGCGAACUGACGACGAUGAUCGGUAUUUUACUGAUCAGCAUCAGGCCUUGCCCUCGAGGGGCUACACUGAGAUCUUUAGGAACAUGUUGAAGCAUCCUAAGGUUGAUGUGCGGUUGAAUGUGGACUACUUUGAUUUUAGGCAAGGUUUCGAAGGAUUCGGCAGUCCGGACUUCACGUUUUACACUGGGCCGAUCGACUUUUAUUUCUCUGACCAAGGGUUGGACAAGUUGGAAUACCGCACACUCACCUUCACUCGAGAAGAACACAAUGUGACUGAGAAAUCCGGGUUCUACCAGCCGGUGUCGCAAGUGAAUUACCCGCACCUGAAGAUCCCGUACACUCGUACAAUUGAGUACGUUCACUUGCCGAACCAGGAGUACGAUAGCGACAGGUUUAUUCCGAAAACGAGUGUCAUGUAUCACGAAACGUCUUCAGACCAGGGUGAGCCCUAUUACCCGGUACCGAAUCCCAGGAACAGGGAAUUGUAUGAAAAGUACCGGGCCAUGGCGGACAAUGAGUCUGGGGUGGUUUUUGUGGGACGAUUGGCGUCCUACAAAUACUUUGACAUGGACGAUGCUGUGAGGAAUGCGCUUAACGUGUUUUACGAGUGGGCCAAGUCGCAGGAUGAGAUUGAUUGUGACCUGGAAAUGACACGACCCUUUAUGAACUCAGAAGUGGUGGCGAUCAAGGUGGAGGAUGUCAACCUGAAGUUCAAAUUGGAAGGCUACGUCACGAAUGCCAAUUACUCCAGCAAGAAGCUAACUUUUCUUCUCUUCAAUAACCAUCGCCUGGUUGAUUCCCUCAAUGACAUAUCCGACUCGUUGAAUACUGUGAAAAAUGAGCUUGAGAAUUGUUUGGAGGAUCUUCCUGCUAAAAAUCUCAAAGCCGGAAGUGUGGGUUCAUCCGGAAACCGUGGCCCGGGUUUGCGAACCCUCAACACUUCCAUAACCCAUCGACGCGAUCCCCCCGACGAACCCGGCAGUGUAACCCGGAAUAGGUGCUUGGAAAAUGUGCGAACAUUCCACGCCCGUGCAUCGUCCUCAUUAUCCGACAUGUCAAGCUUUUACGACUCCGUUUUUGAGACUUUGCUGCAUAUGCUGGAAUAUUUUGGCGAGGAGAAACCGGACGUGAAGAUGGUGAAGCCCUUGUUUGAAAACUUGGUCAGGUUUUACAAGGAUUUCGAUCAAGCGCGACACGAUAUUGAGUUGUGGGAGAAGCAAGAGUUGAAACGGAGUUUGCCAACCCCGAAAUCAGUGAAAGCCCGGGGGCGUUUAUCCGGUGCAGAAAUACGUCAGAGACUCUCACUUCUA